AUUGGAUGUUUGCAGACAAUUCAAUAGAUGGCCUUGCAAGACUCUCACUACAUGAAAGAGCCCCUUUUUAAAAUUCAAGGAGUUCCCACCCUCCCUCUUGUCCCCUGCGUCUUUAUAUAUAUAUAUAUAUUAUGGAGAGGAGUGGAAGGGUGAAGAAAGAUGGAGCAGAAGUCAGAGGUAAGGUGUGCCAUUGAGGAGCUGUCGAUGAUUGCUGUGGCAAAACAUGGAGAUAAUGACGACACGGCCUUCGUCUCCACCGAGCCUUUUUUAUCUGUGUGUAACCUAGUUCUACAAGUUCUGGAUAAGAUAGGGCCGACCAUGGCUGUUCUCAGACAAGACAUUUCUCAAAACAUCGAGAGACUGGAAGUGGUGCAUAAAUCAAAUCCCUCCAUGAACUCAAACUUGGUUGAGAUAUUGAAAACAGAGGCAAGCAUAGGCAACGCGAAGAAGGGACCCAGCUGCAGUAAAGCCUUUGUUUGGCUCACUAGAUCUCUGGAUUUUGCGUUGGCGUUGUUGCAGAGCGUAGCAGAAGAUGGUGGGAAGAAUAUGGAGGAUGUAGUGGAAGAGUGUUAUAAUAACACUUUGAAACCAUGGCAUGGAUGGAUUUCAUCUGCUGCUUUCAGAGUGGCUCUAAAACUGGUGCCAGAUAGCCAAACUUUUGUAGAUGUGCUCAAGGCAAAAGAUGAAAACUAUGAAACCCUAAAGGAGGAAAUGCAGGCAUUGGUUUCUUUACUAGGGCCCUUUCUCCACGACGUUCACUGCAUUUUAGAAGUUUAUAACUUGGAUAAGCUCAAGUCCACUUGAAGUGAAGAUUGAAGAAUCCAACCCACUGCUUUAUUCAUGUUAUGUGUAUAAUAUCUCCUCUGGUUUAUCACUUGGAUAAGAUGUGUUAUGCAUAUGUAAACUUUGCUUAUUGGUCUAUUCAGUGGAAGAAAAGAAAACUCUGUAUAAUGCAUUGGCAUCUUUGUAUAUAUGAUAUUUCACCUUGGAGCAAAUAUCUAACACAAAAUAAAAAUUCUGGUUCCGCACCCCA